AUGUCCGCCCAAUCAGAGCCUCAGGUCAAACACUUUGAGAUCAAAGACAUUGUCUUUGAGGACGGGACUCAGCUGGCUUCAGCGCGGCUGGCCUACCUUGACCUGAAUCCAGAGGCUCACAAAACGGCCCUAAUCAUCACUUGUUUUCGUGGACGGCUACAGUCAACACUCAACUUCUCCAACGGUGCCUUACAGAGCCAUCGGAUCAUUGUCGUAGCCCUUUUUGGAAAUGGAGAGUCGUCAAGCCCAUCCAACACGGAGGGAUUCCCAGGAUCCGUCGACUAUCGUGACUGCGUGCGCGCCCAGCGAGAUUUGCUGCACCAUCUCGGCAUCCAGUCUCUUGAUGUUGUAUUAGGAUUCUCCAUGGGUGGGCAAUGCACGUACUACUGGACCGUCAUGCAGCCAGAGUUUGUUGCAAACGCCAUAGUCAUAUGUUCUUCUGCGAGAACCAGCCGGCACAAUUACCAGUUCUUGGAGGGUCCAAAAGCAGCUCUCGUGAACUCGCUUGACUAUAUGGAUACGACGCGUUCACCAAGCUCGCCACCGCUUCGAGGACUUGGCGCUUUUGGAAAGGCCUACUCGGCCUGGCUGACGAGCGCCGAGUGGUUCGAGCAGGAGGAAUACAAAUCUCUGGGCUACGAGACACAGAAGGCGUGGGAUUCGAGUAUGGUUGUCACUAGCUACUAUUCCUGGGGGCCUGAUGACCUUCUCGCCCAGUUGGGCAUGUGGCAGAGGGGCGAUAUUACGGUCCUGAGCGGCUCCAGUUCACUCCAAGCGACUCUAGCUCAGAUCAAGGCACGUGUGCUGCUGAUGCCUUGCCAAACGGACCAAUAUUUUCGUUGGGAGGCCAGUCAAAAAGAGUCGAGCUGGAUCCAGGACGCGACACUGAACGUGAUACCUUCAAUCUGGGGGCAUCUGGCGGGAAUCGGAACCAACCCAGUUGACAUGGAAUGGAUGGAUAAGACGAUAGAUGAUUUCUUGAAAGGCUGA